AACUGUGGGGGCCAGGCCUGGGGAGGGCUGAGAGUAAAAGGGCCUGCAGCAGCAAUCAGGCCAUAAGCCAGGCUGACCCCUCAGCGCAGGGCUUACAGACUCAGCUCCCAGGUCAGCAGUCAUGAGCAGAGGUGCCAACCGCACAGAAGUCACAGAACUGCUAGUGCCCGGAAUCCCCACUGUGACUCAGGCCUGGGGAUUGUGGGCCCUCUUAGGGGCUGUGACGCUGCUGCUUCUCAUCUCACUGGCUGCGCACUUGUUCCGAUGGACUAGUGGCCGGAACAGAAGCCAUCCGGGACAAGGACGCUCUGGAGGAUCUGUGGAAGAGGUCCCCCUAUAUGGGAACCUGCCUUAUCUUCAGACUGGUCGGCUGUCUCAAGAACCAGGGCCAGACCAGCAAGAUCCAGCUCCUAGAGACCCUGUCACGGCUACAGAAAAAGUGAUGUGCUAUACCAGCCUGCAGUUGCGGCCUUCUCAGGGCCAUCUCCCCAGCCCCGGAACCCCCAUCAAGUACUCAGAGGUGGUGCUGGAUUCUGAGCCAAAGCCCCAGGCCUCAAGCCCCGAGCCGGAGCUGUACGCCUCAGUGUGUGCCCAGACCCGCAGGGCACGGGCUUCCUUCCCAGACCAGGCCUAUGCCAACAGCCAGCCUGCACCCAGCUGAGACGGAGGAGCUGGCAGAGUGGGACGAUCAUCACCCCAGCCUCCUCUGCUGCAGGGGUUACUGCUACCCUGCCCCAGCAUGACUGUUUCCCAACCACCCCCCCAAAGACAGGUAGUCAAUGUCUGGUCACAGGAGGUAAUGUUUCCCAAACUUCCCCUCUAAGUGAGGGAGACACUUCAGGGGAACGAGUAGGUCCCUGGUUUCUUGGGGAUGGAGGAAACUAUUUAUUCCCCUAAGGCCCCAAGCUCCCAAGUUACUCACUUCCCGUCCUUGUGGAUUUUAACCAGAUCCUCUCUGUUUCGGCUCCCUUAAAGUCUAUAGUUCAGAGUCCGCUCAGAUACCGGAAGUGGGCAGUGGUGGAGGGGGUAACCGCCUGAGAGAAGGGUGGGUAUUCUCGUUGGGACCCCAUAGUCUGGAGGGAUCCUGGAACCUAGCGACCUGAGGAACCCAAGCCUGGCUUCUUAUCUGAGAACCCUGGCUGGAGAAUACCAGCCCACAUCCUGCUGCCUCUGUUAUGUCCCCAAGUUUUUCAAAUAAAACUUCUCAGAAAGUG